AUGGCGUCGCAACUCGACUUGGUCGUUCUCGGUCUGGGAGGCUUGCUGGCCGUCCUGUACCUCUUCCGCGACAGCCUGUUCGGUGGUGCUGUCAAGGACACCGGGUCCAAGCUCGCAAACGGAGCAUCACUUGCUGCGUCCGAUGAAGGAGGCGCCGACUUUGUCUCCAAGCUCAAGUCGCAAAAGAAGCGCAUUGCCAUCUUCUACGGCUCCCAGACCGGCACCGCGGAAGAGUACGCCACCAAGCUCGCAAAGGAAGCUAAAGCCCGCUUCGGCACCUCUUCGCUCGUCCUCGACCCGGAAGAGUAUGAAUUCGACAAGCUCGACCAGAUGCCCGAAGAUACCGUCGCCGUGUUCGUCAUGGCCACCUACGGCGAGGGUGAGCCUACGGACAACGCUGUCGGGCUGAUGGAAUUCAUCGAAGCCGAAACCCCCGAGUUCUCCAACGGCAGCGAGCGUCUUGAGAACCUCAACUAUGUCAUCUUUGGUCUCGGCAACCGUACCUACGAGCAUUUCAACGCCGUCGCCCGCAAGCUCGACGCUCGUCUCCAGUCGCUUGGUGCCAAGCGUAUCGGCGAGCGAGGCGAGGGCGACGACGACAAGAGCAUGGAAGAAGACUACUUGGCCUGGAAGGACUCGAUGUUCGAGUCGCUGGCUGCUACGCUCGACUUUCAGGAAGGCGGGGGAGGCGAUGUCGCCGACUUCAAAGUCACUGAGCUUGCCGACCACCCGCAUGACAAGGUCUACCAAGGCGAGCUUUCGGCUCGAGCGCUUCUAGGCACCAAGGGCAUUCACGACGCCAAGAACCCUUACAAUGCCGUCAUCAAGGAGGCGCGCGAGCUCUUUGUCGAAGGCACCGCCGACCGUACCUGCGUCCACGUCGAGUUCGACAUUGAAGGCUCUGGCAUCUCGUACCAGCACGGCGACCACAUCGCUGUGUGGGCACACAACCCCGAGCAAGAGGUCGACCGUGUCCUGGCCGUCCUCGGUCUCCUCGACAAACGCACCACCGUGAUCGAUGUCGAGUCGCUUGACCCCACCCUUGCCAAGGUGCCCUUCCCUGUCCCUACAACUUACGAAGCCGUCUUCCGCCACUACAUCGAUAUCAGCAGCCAUGCUUCCCGACAGACCCUGAACAAUUUCGCCAAGUUUGCGCCCUCACCCGAAAUCCAGGCCAAGCUCGAAAAGGUCUGCGCCAACAAAGAGACAUUCCAAGCCGAAAUUGGUAGCCGCUUGCUCAAGACCGCUGAGGCCAUGCAGUGGAUCGCUGGCGACAGCCUCGAUGCUGACGUUCGCACGAUCAAGUCAUGGAACAUUCCCUUUGACCGCGUCAUCUCUGACCUCCCGCGUGUAGGUCCUCGAUUCUACUCGAUCUCGUCGAGCCCCAAGAUGCACCCCAAAUCAGUGCACAUCACCGCUGUCGUGCUGCGCUACCAGGCCAACAAGUCUGGUCCGUGGGUCUACGGUCUGGCCACCAACUUUAUCAGCGCCAUCAAGAUGCAGAAGAACAACGAGCAGCCCACGGGUCCUGCUGAUCCUCGCUUUGGAACGCCCAAGUACCUGCUCGACGGACCUCGAGGCGCCUACACCAAGGAAGGCCAGUUCCGUGCUCCGAUCCACAUUCGACGCUCCAACUUCCGUCUGCCCACUUCGCCCAAGAUCCCCGUCAUCAUGGUUGGUCCCGGCACUGGUGUUGCUCCCUUCCGCUCGUUUGUGCAGGACCGUGUUUGCAGUGCUGAAAAGGCGCUCGAAAAGUCGAACGGCAAGGCACCCGAAGAAGCGCUCAAAGACUGGGGCAACAUUUGGCUGUUCUACGGCUGCAGAAAGGCGGACGAGGACUUCUUGUAUCGCGACGAGUGGCCUCAAUACGCACAGAAGCUCGGCGGCAAGUUCCUAAUGGAGACGUCGCUCUCGCGCGAAAAGUUCAAGCCCGACGGCUCCAAGCUGUACGUGCAGGAUCUCAUCUGGGAGCGCCGCAAGCAGAUCGCCGAGGACAUCUUGGAGCGCAAGGCCUACAUCUACAUCUGCGGUGAGGCCAAGGGGAUGGCGCAGGAUGUCGAAGGCAUCUUUGCCAAGAUCCUUGAGGAGGCCAAGGGCUCUGCAGACGAGGCCAAGAAGGAGAUGAAGCUGCUUAAGGAACGAUCCAGGUUGCUUCUCGAUGUGUGGUCCUAG